UCUAGAUCUACUGUCUGUGGUUUACUUUGGCUACAAACUCAAACGAACACAAUACAAUACAAUUUCGUUAAACCUGACUAAAGAUGGAAGCCACAAAUGAACAAUAUGAAUUUAUAAAAAGUAACCAAGAAGUGAGCAAGGAAGAGCUCUCAAACAUAGCAGUGAAAAUUGAACCCAAAGUUGAGAUCCUUGAAACUUUUGACAGUGUGGAAGAGCAGAUUGUGCACACUGUGUUGAGUAAUGUUGGUGAUAAAGAUGGCGAAGAAGUUCAUGUUAUUUACUUGAAUGUUGAUGAAAAUGCUGAGCCUCAAGUUCUUGACCUGGGGAAUCUUUUAAGUCAUGAAGGGAUACAGAUAAUUGAAGCUUCUAACCCCAAUGACCAGUCAGCUGGUGAGACACAGAUUAGCGUUUGUCAAAACAUUGUCAUAGAAAACAGUUGCGGCAUUGACAUAGCAAUUGGAGAAAGUCAGUCGGAGGCCCAGUCAGCUCAUGCACUGCUUCAUUUGUCAAAAGCCCAGAAUGAGAGUUCACACAUUCAUGAAUCAUCCAAUGGUGGACAAACACUAGAUGACCAGAACACAACUUCUGCUGAAGCUUUGCUGCAGCUUUCUUCAGAUCCAAAUGCUGGAACUUAUAUAGUAGAUGAACAAGGCUCAAUGAUACCACUAAGCCAAGUUGGAUCUGCCAGUUUGCUGGAGGUGGAUGAAACAGAAAUAUCAGCAGCUGCACUCUGUCAGUGCUGGUGUGGGAGAGAGUUCCUAACUGACGAGGACAUGAACAGACACAAGUUAGCACACAAGUACCAGAAUCAGACCAUGAGUGAGCCUGGAAUACAGAAAUGUAGUUUGUGUCUAGAAAAAUUUGCCACUCCAAAAGAUUUGGUAAAUCAUCUAGCAGAACUACACCCAGAUGGGAUGCCUUAUGAGUGCCUCGUCUGUCAUCGCAAAUUUUAUAAGAAACUUUCUCUUAAGGCUCACAUGCGUGUACACAAUACAUUACCUCGUUACCAGUGCUCAACAUGUAAAAAGAUAUUUUUCUACAAGACUGCAUUGAAUCGUCAUGUGAAAACCCACUCAAGUGAAAGACCUUACAAAUGUACAGUCUGUGGGGACUCUUAUCCUACACUAUGGGACCUCAGAAAACACAGGUUAAAUCACCAGCCCUUUAGAUUGUUUUCCUGUCCAACUUGUUCAAAAGUUUUUAGACAAAAACAAACAUUGUUGGUCCAUGCCAGAAUACACACAGGAAAUAGGCCUUAUUCCUGUGAUAUAUGCAGCAGAAGUUUCUCCUUGAAGACAACCUUGGUCCAGCAUCGUCUCAUCCACACAGGAGAAAAACCAAAUAUUUGUCCCGUUUGCCAUAGAGCUUUCCGCCAGAACAGCACACUGAAGGCUCACAUGAAGAUACACAAUAACUUGAAGCCCUACAUCUGCCGCUACUGCAAGAUGAGAUUUGCAUACAAAGAUGAGGUCCAGGAACAUGAGCACUUGCAUGCACAGAAUAAAAGUUGGCAGUGUGAUAAAUGUGGCAUGUGGUUCAAGAACCAGUCACUGCUGUCCCGCCACAGCAGAGUGCACACAAAUGAACGGCCCUUCCAGUGUUCUAUAUGUUAUAAAACAUUUGUUCAGUCAGGAUCACUUCAAGCCCACAAACGCUCUCACACAAAAGAAAAGCCCUACCAGUGCCGUAUGUGUUCUAAGUCCUAUUAUACCAGUGGAACUUUGCUCAUUCACAUUAGAAAAGCUCAUAAUGUCGAUGCAAAAGCAGUAAAAGAUGUGUUUCCAGUGAUGCGAUUUAUUGAGGACCAGAAGGUUUUCACCAUUAGAAAUCAACCUUUACACAGCAGUGAGGCUGUUGUGUCUGAUAGGACGGAAGCUGUCCUAGGGGAGUUAACUGGUGUAGUCAAGGAUGAGCUAGUGUUGACAUCAGAUGACAUGGUCGUACCUCAAGGUGAAGGUGAAACCAUUGGUGUUGAUCACACUAGUGUCAUUGUUGAUCUGAACACUGGCGCUGUUGAUCACAACACUGGCACUGUUGAUGAUACCAGUGGUGCUGUUGAUUCAGGCUUAGAGAAAACAGAUUCUGCCCAUACUGCCAUGGAGGUAGAGCAAGAGAUUGAGUGCAUCAAUGAAACAGUGGAGAACAUGCCUGUGGAGGUGAGCGCUGAGACCACUGACUCAACAAACACACGGGAUGUGGCCACUGAGAUGAACUACGAGGAGGGUGAGGCCGUCUUGAUGGACCAAGGGGGCCAGGAUGAAGAGAUGGCCGCCCAGAUCCUACACACAGCUCAGGACAGGCAGGAGGCAGCGCUGGGUCUUGCAGAGUUGUCCCUCAAAGGUGGGGAGUCACUCCCUGUGGAGAAACCUGUCAGAACUAGAACAUUCUUCAAGGAGGAGGAGGAGGAUGAGAAUGAUCCAAAUGUGACCAAAAUUAUUCUGUCUAAAGAAGGUGGCAUCAUGAAUAGUCAGGACCCUCACCAGUGUCCUGUCUGUAGUAGAAUCUUUGGAAGAAAAAGCAUCAUGAUAGAACAUUUGCGUAUACAUACUGAUGAGAAGCCAUAUGAAUGUGAUUUUUGUAAAGCUGGUUUUAGACAAAAUGCUCAGCUACGUAGUCACAUAAGAAACAAACAUACCAAGGUUGAAAGGUACCAGUGCUCUUUUUGUCACAAAAGGUUCCUGUCCAGUAGCAUCACAGUGCGACACAUCAACUUCCAUCAUAAGUUAAAAGUGAAGUACUGUGAAAGUCGUGACUCAGCCUGGACAGUCAAAGAAGCUGUUUGGUCUGAUGACAACUUUGAGCUCAGUGUUUCAGAUCCUUUUUCUGCCAGGAAGAAAAGUAUCCAUGAGGAGAGGCUGAGGAAGAUGAGAAGUGACCACACAGGCUACACGGCCAAAGACCAGCUCAAGAAAAUAUCAAACAACUCUGGUAAACUAAUGCUAGCUGAGGACUCCGGCAGUAAAGUGGGGAUAGUUUUAAAUGAGGAGCAGUACGAGGAAGUUGUACCCUCUGACAGUAUAGAGGGCAGCGUGGCUGAAGCUGUUGUCAAGACAGAGGUGAUGAUAGACGAGCAGGACCAGGCGACCCAGACAGGAGAGGCCAAGGCCAUGCUCAGCUCAGACCUGGAGGACUCAUGUCUGAUCUGUGGCACCUGCGCCAUGCAGUUCCGUGGUGUCUCCAGCCUCAGGCAGCACCUGCAGAAGGUGCACAACACAACCCUGGACAAGUCGGACCUCUCUGUGGUGUACGAAGAUGAUGGCACCAUGUUUGGUGAUGCUGUCUCUAAUGACAUAGUUGUACAGUGCAGUACAGACAGUGAUGUGACUGUUGAUCAGUUUAAGACUCGGACUUUAAAAACAGAAGACGGGCCACUUAAAAUAAUUAUUUUUGAUGACACGGCAACCUGCGCGGAUGACCCUGAACUCAUGCCUUACAAGUGCUUCAUGUGCAGCAUGCGCUACAGCAAAAAGACCAGCCUACAGGAGCAUCUGAAGGAGCACACAGAUGAGGAAGUUGAGCAGGCUGGGAUGCAUCGCUGCGAUAUUUGUUUGUGUGUCAUGAAAAACACACAGCAGGUGACCAAGCACAUCCUCAAGUUUCACGGGGUCAAGCAGAUCUUCAUGUGCUCCAUCUGCCAGAGAGAGUUCUUCCAACAGAGCUCACUACACAGGCACAUGAGGUUCUUCCACAAGUGGGAGAUCAAGAUCAGGGGGGAGACCAGUAUCCCCGUCCUGGUCAAGCCUGCGCCCUCAUCUCUACAGGAGCCUAAUGGCGUGGCCAGGGUGAACAUACAGAAAGACUUUGGUCACAGUGAGAAGCAUAAACUUUACAGCACGGCUGAGGAUGGCAGCACUUACAUCAACAUAGAGGCUGGGGGUUCUAAAAAUGUGGUCAUUUUCAAAGCUGAUGGACAAGAGUUGGAGUUUGAUGUGGUCAGCUCAACGGAGCAGAGGAAAACUCUGAAGCUGAGAGACACCAAACUGGAGAGUGUGGAAACUGUUGUAGACUCAGAGCCUAAAACAUCUCCAGCCUCUGUCAGACACACCAAGUCCAGCCAGUCACCUGAUGGUGAUGGCGGUAAAGACAAAUCUACUGCCUCUGCUCCUAAUAAAGAAGCUGCUCUACAACUAGCCUCCCAGUUUAAGAGGGGUAAGAAAACUAAAGAUCCCCACAAAGUUAUUAAGGUAAAGAACGUGAAUGUUGACGAGACAUCGCAGUGUUUUACCAUGGAGAGAGGUGUCAACAUCUUCAAGAGUAAAGCAGAUCCUAUCUCUGUUGUAGCUGCCCCUGACAAGCACUCAGCUGCUGGAAUAAAAAGUAAAGCACAACGCAAAAUCAAACCAUUGAGCAAGGGCCCAGUCACACAGCGCAAGGGGCCCAUUGUCAUGUCCAUCCUUGACCUGGACUCCUCCCUGGGCACAGAGCAGACCCAGUCGUCCAGACGAGUGACUUUGGACAAACAGGCCAGCAACUGUGAGGAUGAGGCUCGCAGUGAUGAGAACUCUGUUGUCCAGGUCUUUGUGGCCUCCUCCAUCAGCAGACACAGGCUGGCAGGCAGCGCUGGGGCAGGUGGCGCUACAGGCAAGUCAGGCCAACCACUGGACAGGGGGGAGGAGUGGGCGGAGUCGGGGGAAGAUUGGGUGAAGUCAGAUGAGGACUGGAUGGACACGGAUAAUGAAGAGGAUUGGAUGGAACAGCAGGGUAAAGCUAGAGUAAAGAAGAAAUUAGCAGCAGAGGUGGCCAGCAGUCCUGGUAGCAAGAAACAGAUCAAAGUUGCUCCCAGUAAAAAACAUGCUAGAGCUGACCUGAGCUCCAAACCUAAAGCAAAGGAUGCUGUCAAACCUGUCAUUACAUUCUCACCCAAACAGGCAAGCACAGGCUCCUUGCCUGCAGCCAAGGAAAGUAAAACAACCUCACCCAAACAGGCAAGCACAGGCUCCUUGCCUGCAGCCAAGGAUAGUAAAACAACCACAAAAUCUGAUUUGAAGGCUUGUAAAAUCCUUUUAAAGAAAGAUUCAAAUCCUCCAAAGAAAGAUCUAAAUCCUCAGAAGAAAGAUCUAAAUCUUGCAAAGAAGGAUCUAAAUCCUGCAAAGAAAGAUCUAAAUCUUGCCAAGAAGGAUCUAAAUCCUGUAAAGAAAGAUGUAACUUCUGUAAAGAAAGAUGUAACUUCUGUAAAGAAAGAUGUAACUUCUGUAAAGAAAGAUGUAUCUUCUGUAAAGAAAACUUCCUCUCCUACACAAAAAGACGCAGGUCAAGCACCAGACCCACCCCUUGAUGUACAUGAACGCAGGAGCAGCAGUGGGCGACUCAUUAAGAAAAAAGAAUAUUUUUACUAGCAGUUGUUUUUUUUGUUAAAGAAAAUAAUGAGUUAAUAAGUACGUUAUUCAUAAUUGUUAUUGUGUUAAUUAUUUGAAAGAAAAACAAAUGGUGCUAAGUUUAUUAAUGCAGAUUUCAAUUUAUUUAAGUGUUUUAGUUUCCACUUCCCACAUUUCACAAAUAAAUGUCCACUAUAUGUAAACUUUUACAUGAUUGAAUGUAGUUAUAUGUGGCAUGGUCCAUUUCUA